AUGGAGCUGGAAGCGCUGCGCUCUAUCUACGAGGGAGAUCUGUGCUUCAGGGAGCUUAGCCCAGUUUCCUUCCAGUACAGGAUAGGUGAAAGUGGAGAUCCCAAAGCCUUUCUAAUAGAAGUUUCUUGGCCGGAAACAUAUCCACAAACAGCACCAGUCAUAUCGAUGGAUGCUUUCUUCAACAACACAAUAUCUUCAGCUAUUAAACAAAGUAUAUUGGAUAAGUUAAUGGUAGAAGUCGAAGCGAAUCUUGGAACUGCUAUGACAUACACACUUUUUGAAUAUGCCAAAGAUAAUAAAGAGUUGUUCAUGGAAAAUCAGCCUGUUAACACUGUGACUUCAGUAAGCAAUAGUAUUGCAAUUGGAACUCCUGAUGUGCCAGCAAGUAAGAAAAAAGAUAAAAAGGAGCAGUUAUCCAAAACCCAGAAACGAAAACUAGCCGAUAAAACAGAUAACAAAGGGGAGCUUCCACGAGGAUGGAACUGGGUGGACGUAAUUAAGCAUUUAAGCAAAACUGGUUCUAAAGAUGAUGAAUAAAGGACUUUGGUACAAGGAAACUCCACCUUUUAAUACAGUGCAAUUUUGGGUCACCAUCUUUCUCUUAAUAACUUUCGUAUUUGUUGAAGUAAACAUUUUCUAAAGCUCAAUCUCCUAACUCGCAAACCUAGUCACACAAGUUUAUCUAGAGACUGUGUGGUCUUCUUUGGAAAAAAAAAAACAAAACAACUUGCCUUAAGUGAAGGUUAGAAUGUGACAAAGGAUACAGAGAGCCAAUGUGGUGAAGUGAAUAGUGCUAUAUGCAGUGUUUAUUAAUUUAUAUUUUACUCUGUAGUAAAAUCCUGUUAUAGUGAACCCAAUGAUACUGUAAACAUUUCCUGAUGUUCUUAUUCCAAUUGAAGAAAAAAGCACUAUAACAGUGAUUGGUCACUUGACAGCAUAAUUCAAAAUAAAUUAUUCCAUGGAAACAAGUCCUUUGUCAUUUGUUUAUCUAAUGUGAAUGUAGAAGGAGAACAUAACAACUGUUACAUUGCAAUACGGACUAGAGCUUGUGGUCCCGUUUUCACUAGAUACUGGCUGAAAUAGUAAAAACUAGCGAAAACAAGGUCAAAUAUUCUAGUCUGCUCAAAAAUGAGUGGUUACAGUAGGAGUAUGUCCUCUUUAUUCUCUUCGGUAUCCAUCUGUUAGUCUUUCUCCAGUAUGCAUUGUUAAAGA